AAAUUAAUGACCAGCAAUUUGAAGGACAAAAAUUAAAGACCCCCGGUAUAAGGACAAUCGUCCAUAUUGCUCACUUAUAUAUAUGAGAGGAGUGGAUUAGGCUAACUUAUAAAGCACAUGUGCAGCUUACUAAAGUUUUGGGUUUAGGCCACAGGCCGCUAAUUCAAUUGUAAUAAUGAAAAAUAUAAACAAAAUUAUUGUAGAUAAUACAUGGAGAUAUACAUAUUAGUGUCUACAUUUAGUUUUAUACAUUUAUUUCUACCAAGAAAAAGAAAUUUUUAUGCACAAAAAUUAAAGUUGACAUCCUAAUAAGCAUAAAACUGUAAAUGGGAAAAUAGAAAAAGGAAUAAGAAUAUAGCAUGUGGGUGUUAGUGGAAACCUCUUUUUCUCAUAGCAUUGACUUGAUAUCAAAAUUAAAAAAAAAAAAAUCUCUUAAUAAACCUUAACUUUCUACAAAUCGAAAUGUUAUAAAAAUGAAUACAGAACAGUAUAAGUUCAUAUCAGAAACUUAAUUACUAACUUUUAAAUAAAAAUAAUAAGUCAAUAUCACAUAAAAAGGUUUGAAGAUAUCAAGUUGUACCGCUUCAACAUCAUCUGGCGAUAAUAUCUCCUUAUAUUAAGUUGUACCCCUGACUUAGUUUUAAACAAACCCACAAUAUCUGCAUGCAUGCUCUCAUUUUCUGCAAAACUGGUAAUUGUUAAAAAAUGAAUGAUUUGAUGGAAAAAUCAUCAAAGUUAUUAGGUACAAGUGAAGGGAUUGAUAGAAUAAGUUAUUUGCCAGAUGGUAUACUCCACGAUACCCUUUCAUCUCUCGACAUAUUUGAUGUGUUUCACUUAAGUAUUUUGUCUAAAAGAUGGAACUAUAUAUGGAGGACAAUGCCUUACUUGUAUUUCGAUAUUUUUCGCUUUGGUAAUGAACGGAUUAAUCGGCCUAAGGACUGCGAAAUGGUUAAGACAUUCAAUGAUUUUAUCAAUUGGAUCUUAAUUACCCAAUGCGUGGAAAAUCUUGUUUGCUUUAAGCUCUGUUGUGGUAAUCUUUUUGAUGAGGGGGCUAUUUUCCGUUGGAUUCGUGUUGCAACACGUCGAAAUGUUCAAGAACUUGUGUUAAGGUUUGAUCCUGCUGAGACAUUUGAGUUGCCAUAUUGUGUUGCGACUAGUGAGUCUUUACGAGUUUUGAAAUUACGGCUUGAUGGGGCGAUACUUAAGCUGCCUAAUCAUAUGGGAUUUUCCCAGCUCAAAUUGCUUCAUCUCACGGAAGUUGAGUUAUCAAAUGAGCACUUGACGAGUUGCUUGUUCUCAAAAUGUCCUGUUCUAGAAAAAUUGAUAUUGGAAGAGUGUAUUCUUGAAACUAUGACUGUGCUUGAUAUUGCUUCGACGUCUUUGGUUUAUGUGGCUAUAAAAUCUGAUGUUAAAGAUGGAGAAAUUUACAGAAAUUGUAAUGUCAAAAUUUCUUGCCCGAAUCUCAAGGUCUUGAAAUAUGGUGCUCCAAUUGCAAAGGAUAUAGUUCUAGAGAAUCUCUUCUCUAUAGAAGUUGUUCACAUCGUCUUUGUUAAUCCGUGUGGCCCAGUAGAAGAACUUGGCAGGCUUGUGCAUAAGAUGAUCAAGAAUAUUCCUUCUACAUCAGCUUUGAAAUUAUGCAUCGAUUCCAUUUCGGGUCUGCAUAGUGUAUCUCGUGAAGUAAGAAACUUUCCAGUCACGUUUUAUAAGCUCAAGUCCUUAAAAUUGACAGUGGGAAUUGAUGAAUCCUGGAUGCAAGUCAUGAUGCUAUUGCUCAAGUAUUCUCCUAAUUUAGAGAUUCUUAAUUUGUUUUCUCAUGAGAAUUUUGAUAGGGAUAAGAACUGGAAGAUGCAUGACCCUAGCGAAGGCAUUGUGUGUUUGGAAUCUCAUCUAAAGUUGAUUAAGUUGACUGAUUUCAUGUAUGAAGAAAAUGAGAUGGAGCUACUAAGGUUUUUCCUGAAGAAUGCACAGGUAUUGGAAAAACUAAUAAUUGUUUGGGCUGACAAUGCUGACAUAUCAGAAGAGGCAUCUGAGGAGGUUUUAAAGUAUCCCAGAACUUCUUCACAUGUUGUUGUGACAUUUCUUGAUUUCAAACCCAAACCAAGUUCUCCUUACCGGUACAAUAUGGUUUAAAAGAGGUUUUGAUUGUUAGAAGCUAUGUUGGAUCCUAAAAAAACGUACUACUUUUGGAAGAUCCGACGCGCAUCUGACUACAUUUUUUGAAUGACGUACCCUUUUUGAGAGUUAUUCUCUUUAAAACUAGACUGUAUGAGCAGCCACCUGACACCUUAAGUUUAUGAAUAUCUACUACUGUUUUGCCUUUUCAAAGAGCAUAGAAAGUUCAGCUGGACAAUCCUCAAUGAAGCAUGUUUGACUCAUCACUCAGGACAAAGAAAUGUUCAAUUUGUCAACAGAUGUUACAUGCGUCUCCAAGAUUUAUAAAGUAUCAGUCAUCUGCACUGAACGGUAGUUGUUGACCUUAUAAACAUGUUCUAUUCUAUUCUUGGACUCGCUUGGGUCAUGCCACACACAAUUAAAGACACAUAUGAAUGCUGGUGCUUAUGAAGAGUUUCGUAAAGCUAUGAAGAAGAUCUGGAUGUCCCUGCAAGUAUUUGUGGUGCGUUUGGACAGAAAGGAAUUGCAGAGGCUUUGAUGGGAUUUCGACUCCAAAACACUUCCUAAAAGCUAGAUUUUUGUGUAACUUAUUUAGCUUGAGCAACUUAAGCCCGGUAAAUUGGGCUGAUCAAAUUUUAGACUUUGUUAGCUCCCUAGUCCUAGCAUAGUCACUUAUGUUGGAGCUAACACGACCUCUUUUGUAACUUCUGCAUCUUCCGUUACUUCAUUAAAUAGUAUGGAUAAUUUCUCUUUGCUCGAAAUAUCUAAGUAAAGAGCCUUUUUUUUUUUUUGGUUGAGACAAUGA